CAGGUGAUUUACUUCCUCCAGUCAACAUGCCUACCUUAGAUGUUCCAGAAGAGAGGCUGAGAAAAUUCAAGUACCGAGGCAAAGACGCAUCUAUGAGACGGCAACAGCGGAUGGCGGUCAGCCUGGAGCUCCGGAAGGCCAGGAAAGAUGAGCAGACUUUAAAGAGAAGAAAUAUCAUCGAUUCCUGCCCUGACCCAGCUUCUGAAAAACCCGCCAAAGAGAUGCCGGUCAGCCUCACGCUGGGUGAAAUAAUCAAAGGUGUGAAUAGCUCAGAUCCAGUCCUGUGUUUCCAGGCCACCCAGGCAGCCAGGAAAAUGCUGUCCCAGGAAAGGAAUCCCCCUCUAAAAUUGGUUGUUGAAGCCGGGCUCAUUCCCAGGCUGGUGGAGUUUCUGAAGUUAUCAUUUUACCCCUGCUUGCAGUUCGAAGCAGCCUGGGCUCUGACCAACAUUGCUUCGGGGACUUCAGAGCAGACCCGAGCCGUCGUGGAAGGGGGCGCUAUCCAGCCCUUGGUUGAGCUCCUGUCUUCCCCCAGUGUGACUGUGUGUGAACAGGCAGUGUGGGCUCUUGGUAAUAUAGCUGGUGACGGCCCAGAGUUCAGAGACAUCGUCAUCUCGAGCAAUGCCAUCCCACAUCUGCUGGCCCUGAUUUCAUCAACCAUACCAAUCGCGUUUCUGCGCAACAUCACAUGGACCUUGUCCAACCUGUGUCGGAACAAGAACCCGUACCCUUGCGAGAAGGCGGUGCAGCAAAUGCUGCCCAUCCUCUUCUACCUCCUGCAACAACAGGACAGGGAGAUUCUGUCGGACACCUGCUGGGCCCUGUCCUACCUCACCGAUGGCUGCAACGAGCGCAUCGGCCAAGUCGUCAACACCGGGGUCCUGCCCAGGCUGGUAGAGCUCAUGACCAGCUCGGAACUCAGUGUCUUGACCCCCUCUCUCCGCACCGUGGGGAACAUCGUCACGGGAACAGAUCAGCAGACCCAGAUGGCCAUCGAUGCGGGCAUGCUGAAGGUGCUACCCCAGCUCCUGAGGCACGCCAAGCCCGCCAUCCAGAAGGAGGCGGCCUGGGCCCUGAGCAACGUGGCCGCGGGGCCCCGCCAGCACAUCCAGCAGCUGAUCGCUCAUGACAUCCUACCUCCCUUGGUGGCUCUACUGAAAAAUGGAGAAUUUAAAGUCCAGAAAGAGGCUGUCUGGACGGUGGCUAACUUCACAACUGGAGCCACCUUGGACCAGUUGAUCCAGCUCGUCCACUCUGGAGUCUUGGAGCCACUGGUGAAUCUGCUCACUGUCCCCGAUGUUAAAAUUGUUCUCAUCAUCCUUGACAUCUUCGCUUAUAUUCUCCAGGCAGCAGAGAAACUAUCUGAGAAGGAAAACCUGUGUCUUCUGAUAGAAGAACUCGGUGGGAUUGAUAGAAUUGAGGCUUUACAACUUCAUGAGAACCAUCAGAUUGGCCAGACUGCCCUAAAUAUCAUUGAGAAACACUUUGGAGAGGUAAGUGACUUCAGAGCGUGA